CUGGAUUGGACGUCACCGCCGCCAACACGAUCUCUUCGGUCGGUGUCAUCUGCUUCGCGUGCUGGGAUUCCGUCCUGUCAGAGAGUGUGGUGGAGGCUGUGAUGGCACAACGGUAGUAGCGGGAGCUGCGCCAGUCGGACCGCCAUGAUCCCCGCCAAGAACUUGGCCAACGCCGCCCGCGACAAGGAGAACACGCCCGCCUACCAGGUGAAGCUCGAGCGGGUGCUGGGCCUCACGGUCUCCAGCAAUGCCGCCCUGGACUGCGACCCUGACUCGGAGCAGAUCGCCUACUCUGCAGGAUGCACGGUGGUGCUGUUCAACCCGCGCAAGGGCCGGCAGCAGCACCUGCUCAACAGCAGCCGCAAGACGAUCACGUCGGUGGCGUUCUCGGCCGACGGGCGCUACUUGGCAACGGGCGAGUGCGGCCACCUGCCGUCGGUGCGCGUCUGGGACCUGCACCAGCCGCAGCCGCCGCAGCCGCCUCUGCCGGACGCGGCCCCGCCGCCCCAUCUCGCCGCCGGCGUGCAGGUGGCAGAGUUCACCGGCCACAAGUACGGCAUCAACUGCGUGGCAUUUUCACCAAGCCACAAGUAUGUGGUUUCAGUUGGUUCCCAACAUGACAUGAUAGUCAAUGUAUGGGACUGGCGUUCCAACAUCAAAGUGGCAUCCAAUAAAGUUUCAACAAAGGUGAAGGCUGUCUCCUUUGCUGAAAAUGGCAGUUACUUCGUUACUGUUGGAAAUCGACAUGUCAAAUUUUGGUAUCUGGAGUAUUCUCGAUCUGCAAAAUAUAAAGAACCAGUGCCCUUAAUGGGCAGAUCUGCCAUUCUGGGGGAACAGCGUAACAAUUAUUUUUGUGAUGUUGCUUGUGGCCGUGGGGAGAUGGCAGACUCUACGUAUGCAAUCACAAAGUCUGGUCUUCUUUGUGAAUUCAAUAAUCGCCGUCUCUUGGACAAAUGGGUUGAGCUGAGAACUACAAGUGCCAACUGUAUGACUGUUGGGGAAAACUUGAUUUUUAUUGGCUGUGCAGAGGGUAUUGUGAGAUGCUUCAGUCCUCAAACUCUCAGAUUUGUUACUACUCUUCCGAGGACACAUUAUCUAGGUGUCGAUGUUGCUCAGGGUCUUUCGAUAGCACAUAUGGCUGCUCAUCCAAAUAGUGCCAAAUACCCAGAUGCCAUAGCUCUCGCUUAUGAUGAAAAGAACUGCAAACUGACUUGUGUAUAUAAUGAUCAUAGUUUGUAUGUUUGGGAUGUCCACGACAUUAAGAGGGUUGGAAAAUCCCAUUCAUUCCUGUUCCAUUCAGCAUGCAUUUGGGGAGUGGAUGUCUUUCCACCAUUAGACCAAGGUGGAGAAAUAGCAGCAACUAUGCCACCUGGUUCAUUUAUUACUUGCUCAAGUGAUGAUACCAUUCGUGUAUGGAAUCUUGAUCCCAACCUUCCUCCAGACGACACUGUUUACAAACGCAACAUCUAUAGUAAUGAGCUGUUGAAAGUUCUGUAUGUUGACCCAGAAAUGACAUACCUGAAGGAUCUAGAUUUGGCUGCUGCUGGUGCUGAAAGGAAUGACAGUUCCUAUGAUGGCCGUAAUGGUGUCAGGUCAAUAAGGAUAAGUCCAGACGGCAAGCAUUUAGCUUCAGGUGACAGGGCAGGUAACAUCAGGAUACAUAGGUUACAAGAUUUGCAAGAACUGUGCAGGAUAGAGGCACACGAUGCAGAGGUACUGUGCCUUGAAUACAGUAAGCCAGAAAGUGGUCAUAGAUUCCUUGCUUCAGCAUCUCGUGAUAGACUUAUUCAUGUCUUCAGUGUUGAUAAUGAUUACAACUUCCUUCAGACAUUAGAUGACCACUCAUCAUCUAUUACAGCUGUUCGAUUCCUCAACAUUCAUGACCAGCUUCAAAUGGUCUCAUGUGGAGCAGACAAGUCCAUUAUAUUCAGGCAGCUUCAGGGGACACCUGGAGGAACAUAUCAAUUUUCUCGUGGUCACAAUGUUGCGGGCAAGACGACACUGUAUGAUAUGGAGGUGGAUUCUGGACAGAAGCAUAUUCUAACGGCAUGCCAGGAUCGCAAUAUCAGGGUCUAUAAUGUGAACAGUGGGAAGCACAGCAAAACAUUCAAGGGAUCUGUGAGUGAAGAUGGAUCACUGAUAAAGGUGGUAUUGGACACUAGUGGUAUAUAUGCUGCAACAAGCUGCACUGACAAGACUCUGUGUGUGUAUGAUUAUUACUCCGGGGAAUGUAUGGCAACAAUGUUUGGUCAUUCUGAGCUGGUGACAGGUCUUCGCUUCACAGCAGACUGCAGGCGACUGGUUUCUGCAUCGGGGGAUGGUUGUAUCUUUGUGUGGAGACUUCCACAUGACAUGGUUGUAACCAUGCAUGCAAGGCUUGCUCAGCAAGCAGCCCGAGCAGGGAGGAGGCCCCUAAAAAUACCAAAUGGUGUACAUCUGGAUAAUGAUGGCUAUGGCUCUCCACCUCGAGAUUACUACGAUCCAAAUGCGAACACGGAUUUGCCUGAUUACAGGUUUAGUGUUGGUCAGUUACCAUUAUGGGCCAAAAAACAGAUAGCAGACAAUGACUUAACUGGGACUCCAGUAAGUAACAGGCAAAUGGAUCUUCCAAAGGGACGAUGGGCUCAACGGCUUGGAGAUGGUGGUAUUACAGUGAAAUCAGUGUAUGACAGUGACAGCAUAAUUCCUAUUCCACUUGGCCAAGAUGUUGUAGAUAAACGGGGAGACUCUGAUGGUGGCUCCAAAGACAGCUCCAUUGACAGUGGAACUGAGCUGAGACAAUAUUCAGAUUUCAAGAGGGAAACAAUGAUUAUAUCGAAGCAGAUAACAACAAGUAAGGUCACUGUAUCCCGCUCAUCUGAUGGAAUGGAUCUGAGCCGAAGCAGACAUUUAACAGAUGAUAGCAGCAUUGGCAGUUAUAAAUAUGAGGAUAUGGAGAGCACUGAACAUGAUGGUGAUGUUGAAGAUUAUUCUGAAGGGGAAGGGGAAUCCACAGAGCCUGAACAGACACAAAGGCUCAUUUAUUAUCCACCAGCAGAAGAAACUGGCAGUGACUACACAGUCAAUGCAAUGGAUGUGGAGGAACUUCGCCGUUCCCAGCGGAAACAUAAGAGGAGUCAGCGGCCUGAGCACCUCGCUCCUCUCUCUGUCUCAGCAUCAGUAUCUGGCAGCCAGGAUAGUGAUGACGACGAUGAGGAGGGGGCAUCAACUCCUGGCACAGAGAAUGUUGACAAGAACAUUGCCUCCUUGUUGUCAGCAAGUACCGAGAGCCUUGAUAGAGUUGGCCGCCGAGAAAGCUUCCUCAAAAACACAUUUGAGUCAUUAAGUGGCAUGGAGCAGGAUGCAGAAAGAGUCAGUAAAGACCAAGGUGGAACCAGCAUCUCGUCUCAAUUUCUAGUCCGCACUAACCAGACAGGAAUAACACCUGCUUUGAGAAAUGUAGCGGUAAUCAAUGCAGCAAAGCAGGCACGAACUGACUCUGAAACAGUUCGAAAGAGAGAGGAACUGCAACGUCGCAUAGAGGAAACGCGUCGAAAACUUCAGAAUGUAGGGCAUCGCUCCAACUUGAAAACCAGCCAGAGUACAACAGAUCUGAGCCAUCUACCAGAUAAGAAUUUCCGGCCAACAGGCCUGGCACAACGCUACACAUCUGCAGGAGUGGACAGUGAUGAUGGUGGAGAUAUUGAUUCAGGAGAUCUGCGAAGGUCUUGUUCGCUGAGUGACUUAUCGAAACCUUCGAGGCGUCCUUUGCAUGGUGGUCCUGUGCAAGUUUCAGGUAAAGCUAAUAAACCUGUGUCAGGAACGAGGACUCUUCCACGACACAGCAGUAAACAGGCGUCUUCCAGUAAUUCAAAUAUUAUGAGAAGCACAUCAAUGGGGGUCCUAAACCAGAGUGAUUCAGAAAGUGACCUGAGUUUGCAGCGUUCCAGCAUGGCAGCACGACUGAAUGGACUGAUGAGACCAACAAUAAGCUCUCAAAAUAAAGUCAAUACACUUAGUGUAAAAAAUGCAAGCAGCAACAGCCAGUCACACAGACGAGGAAUGAGACCAUCAUACUCAUCUGUUAAUCUGAGCCAAGUUGGUAACAAUGAAGAUUCAAGCUCAGAAGAGACAUCCUCGGCCCGAGGGAAGUCGUCGACAAGCAGCCGACCACGUAGUACGAGCACUGAUCGUCUCACUAAUGGGGCUCCGAACAGUUUGCCUCUUAGUCCUGACAGCCAGUUGAUGCCGCCACCAAGGAGGCUAGCUGGAGGGGCGUCAAGCAGGCAACGCAGUGCGGCCAGUGGCAGUGCGUCAGCAGGUGGCAGAGGGUCUAAACCAGUCCCUGCCGUGCGGCAACACCAGCUGGACCCCAGUCCACAGGAGUUGCCAGUCAAAGACACUGACGGGCAGUCUCCCUUUGUGGAUGUUGCUAGUGCACCUUUGUCCCAGCAGCUUUGCAGCUCUGUUGCUGAGCAGCUGACACGUACAGCAGACAGUGUGGUGCAGUUAUACAAACGAUUAGCUGUAGAGGGAGACGAUAAUGCGACAGCAGCAACAGCCAUGUUACAGGCGUUGGAGGAAGCAGUAGCUGAAACACAGCGCACAUUGCGUUUAGUGACUGAACCUGCCCCGAGUCCUGACCAGACAUCACCUGUGUCACAGUCGACAUCUCCAUCUGGGCCAGAGAGUCAAGAACAGAAGAAAGUGAUGGUCAUGAUGCAGCAAUACUCGGACAUGUUGCUUUCCAUGGUGCAUCAGCGAAUGAACAGUGCUGCCCAGCAGAAGCCAAGCUAGGUUUUUCUCUAGUGUUCAAAAGAACAGGUUUACUCGUGCUGGUACUGAUUGUGACAGUCAGUGUAAUUUGGUGAAACAGGAUUGUAUUUGCACAGUCCAAGAGACUCAAAUGUGAUUGUUAAAUUUUUAAGGAAUUGUGCACCUGUAGAAUAAGACAAUAUUAUACACAAUGUUUCAGAUAUCGUUUUUACAGCAGGCGAAUAAGAUUAUGUUCAUACAUAAGCAUUCGUGACUUUUCAAGAUCCAUGUGCAGAGCAAGAAUCCAUUGGUUUAUGAAAGUUCAGGAUAACUUACUAUUGUAGCAACAUAUAUAAAUCUGUUGCAGUAAAAUACCAUUUGCGUGGUUUUCAGUUAUGAUUCUAGUAAGGGAAUUUGAGAGUUGUCAUCUGGUAAAUGCAAUGGAACACUGUCUGAAUCUUAAGAGACUACCACAAAAAUAUUUGUAGAUGGAGAUGUAUUUUAUGAAGCUUAUAAGAUGCUUUCUAAUGUGUUACUAAAGUGGUAUCUGAAAUUCUAUGAAAUGUGCAGUGCAGUUCAGUAUCAGAUCAUGAGGUGUAAGAUCACUUCUUAAAAUGGCUUCUUUUUGGUAACUGCCAAAUGCCAUAUGUAUAUUGCCAGAGGGGACAGACUUAAUUGGUGGCCCUUGAUUGUAAGAUGAUUUUGCUAGCAGCUUGUGUAACCAGCAAUAGAUUUGCGGAUGAGUGGCAUUUACCAUGAGAAUUUGCCACUGAGUUAUCGUAAACAGUAUGUGAAAACUGACCUCCCUACCUGUCUUCAAAUAUGUGCACCUAAAUGUUUGAGAACCUCUGCCUUAAGCAUUUUACUUUCACCCUCUGAAGAAGUGUGGACAUUAUAAACAGUAAAUGAUGUGUUUGACACACAUGAUUAUAAAAAUGUGGUGGUUCUGCAGUUGAAGAGAUUCAGAUUGGGUACUAGUCAUAUUCCGCAGGUGGACUUGAAAAUUUACUUACUGAAACCAUAAAAAUAUGUUGUGUGCUGAGUUAUUUAACAGCCUUUACUUUGUACUUCUGAAGCAUCCUUACAUGAAGAUUCACUUAAAAUAUGUUGAUAUAGUUUGAUUUUAUGUACACUAUUUAUAGAAAUUGUAAAUUUUACACAGUAUUUGAAAAUUUGAUGUGUGCAUAAAUUCUUUUGAGAUGUGUUAAAUGGAUAUGUGAUUUAAAAAAUAAUACGUCAUCUUGUAACGUCUGCUUGCCGCAGGAAUAUUGUGAUAAAUUUUUAUAGAAUGUGUGAUGAUUGUAUUGGUAGAUGUGUUGUUCGAUUAGCUAAUGUUCAAGUGAUUGGUGAGUAAUUUUCCACAAUGCCCAAGUACCAUGAAUCUAUGUACAACUAAAACUUUUACAGCAGCUGACUUAAUGUUUAACUUUUAUUAAAAUAACAAAUUCAAAACAGUGGAAUAAUAAUGACACAGCCACAAAGUUGAAACAAAUUUAAUUUUUGAACAUAUUUCAUCAGAAGCCUUUUCAGAAAAACUGUGGAUUCCUAAGUUGUGCUAUUAACAAAAAUAUUUAUAAUUCAUUAAUUUAUUCACAUGUUAAAAUUACUAGAGCCUUGCAUAUUGUCGUAUGUACCAAUUUGUGUGUGUGUGUGUGUGUGUGUGUGUGUGUGUGUGUGUGUGUGUGUCAGCAUGAAUCUCAUGGCACUUGUAAAACUUGUGUUUCAACUUCGAAUAUACAAGAUGUAAAUAAUUGUUUAAUAUGUUAACAAAAUGUACAAAUAUAAUAAUUUCUGUUAAGUUUUACUUUUUAAUGUUAUGUGUAUGACUUAGCAUGUCUGAAUGGUUAAAAUAAUAGUGUUGAGUUAAUCAACUGUUACAAAAAUUGUACAAAAUUUAUGAUUCAUUGGUUAAACUCCAGUGUAAUUAUUGAAAAAACAAUGAUUUUUACAAUGUUACCUUAGUUUUAUGAAAUAAUAAUUUUCACUUGUGACAAACUCAAAAUUAGAAAUUGUGUUUUGACGUAUGAAAUGGGUUUGUCUAAGGUGAAAUGAAAUUGGUAUAUGCAGUCAUUGACUACUGUGUGUUUUGUUACCUUUUUGGGAAGUAUACUAUUGACUAAAGAUGUCUCCUGCCCUCCUUUCCUCUAUUCCUUGUAAGAAGAAAUAUUUGCGGGGAAAUGAUUAAAAAAAAGUGAAUACUGUUUUGACAUUGCUGCUUCCUCUAUACUGUUGCUCCUAAGCCAUAGUAAUAUGUUUUAUUCUUGACCUUUCGGGAAUAAUUUUAUUUAACUAUGGAGGAUUUGCUAAUGGUUCAUUGGCUUGCGUUUAUAUUUCUUCUUGUCAAAAUCACAAAUUUAUUGGUAGUCCAAUAAUGUGAACAAAUCUGUUUUCGUGGUUCAUCUUAACUUUUUAAGAUUGUUGUUGCAGUAAUGAUUGCAUUUUGUCACACAUGGUUAAAAAGUUGCCAAAAAGUUUCUAUACAUAAAUCUUUUGUGUAAUUCUCGUUUUCGACCCAAGCUGUAAGAGUGAUGUGAACUAAUUGUACCACUCAUCAGAAACAUGAAAGAUGUGUAAAUUAUUUGUAAUGGUUUUCUGGUGAAUAACUGGUGAAGAAAUCAUGUAAUAUUACUGUCACCCAAAUAUUAAGAAAAAAAUUCUGCUGCUUGAUUACAAUGACAAUCCUUCAUUAACAUGUUUGUCAGUAACUGUUUCUCCGAGGGAGGGGGCAGACAUACUACUGUCUAAUUUCUGUGUGAAUGGUUUGCAAAAGUCCUGUAAAGUGUAGCUCAAUAAAGAGAAUAAAUGACUGAUGCUGUUUA